ACCUGGAAGCGAAUCCGGAGCAAUCGCUUCCUUCUGCACACGCGGGAAAGAUGAUGGCCACCAGGAGGGUAACGCGGAGGAGCGCGUCGAUGGCGGAAUGCCCAGCUACGGAGCAGAUUGCAGUGGUAGAGAGCCCAUCUAUGAGGAUUACUAGAAGCAGAAUAAAAAUGAAUUCCUAUACACCAGUCAUUUCUGAAUCCCAGAAUGCAGAGAUGAAAGCUUCUGAAACAAAAUUGGAUGCAGAAAAGUCUUCAGAAGCAUGCACUGUCUUGAGUAAAGAUAAAGCUGAGCCCCUGGCAGAAUCUCAAGUCGAUGGCGAUGUUUCAGAAGCAGAAUCAGCCUGUUCUUCUGUGUCUGGUCUUCAAACACCAUUAUUUAUACGAAUAACCAGAAGGCGGAAAAUUGUAAUUCCUUGUAGCCCAGAGACUUCGGCUAAAAACAGGCCGAGCAAAAAAAAUGUUACACAUGAAAGUAGUAAUUGUGAAGACCAUGAUAUUUCUGAAGCAGAGUCAUGUUCUUCUGUUGUAUCUGGAACAAGGACCUCAAAAGCCAUGAGAAAGUCCAGGUGCCGACAGGUCAAGGGUAAUGUGUCACCAGUGUGUGAGGUACAAGAUGAAGAGGUUUCUGAUGCUGAAUCGUGGUGCUCAGGUGUUUCCUAUGAACAGUCUGCCCCAUUUAAACGAGUGACCAGGAGUAUGCAGCUGAAAUUGCAAGCAGAACCAACAUCCCAGGCUGAAAGAAAAAGCAAUGCAUUAAGAGAGGAUACGGAAACACCCGAUUGUAUAAUUACAUCUGAAACAAUAGUAAUCUCUGAUUCGGAAGAAUCCACCGUUUCUGAUUUCAAUGCCAAAGAAUCACCUUGUCUUUCUUCAAACUGGAUAAAAGAGCAUCUUAGCCCCCAAAAAACAAAGUGUCUUCCUGAAUCUGUUGCCAGCAAUGAUCUGGAUCUGAUUUUCUCAAGCAGUAAUGAGGAAGUAACAAGGGAAGAUAAUAAAAACUUGCCUGAGCAAGAGAUACUAAAGAACAAUGAUGAUGAAUUGGAACAUUCCGUUUCAAAAGAAACAGCAGCGGAUAUAAUUGCAAUAGUUCAGAGUCCAGACGAAAUGCAUGGUCAAUCUUCAGAAAAACCCAUGCAGGUAUCUGAAAAUCAGUUGCCUUCAGAGAAUUCAAAGAGAUCUCCAUGUGAUCUAGAAAACCUUGAAAAAUCUAAUGAGUCAUCAGGAAAAGCAACAGUGAAUAAAAACAAGAGCUUAACACCUGAAAAUGUUAGACAGAGCUGUUUACACAAACAAGAAGAAAUAAUAGAUAGUGACGACAUUUCCAAAGUAGGAAGCCCGACCAACAAAACGAUCACAUCUCUAAUUGUUAACAGUGAUGACUGCAGACCUUCGGUUUCAAGCGUAGAUAGUGAUGGAAACCUAGAGGAGGUAAUUGCUGAAUCCUCUUCAUGUGCAACCAAAGGCAGAGAAGAUAAGAAAGACCUCUUUGUGUCUCUUACGAGUGAGGAAUCUGAAAAUAAUAAUUUAGAAAAACUGAAAAACAGCGAAAUAGGCACUGGAUACGAUGAAGGAAGUAGUGAAAGUCCCUUGAGAGAAAACCAGUCAAAUAAUCAAGAGAUGUUUGUCAUUGAUAAAACCCCUGGUAUAGAUUCUCACAAAGAUUAUUAUUUUGAGGAAAAACAAAGCGAAGAUUCAUCAGAAGUGGAAGAAAGUGAAGAAGAGUUCAUAGAUGAGGACGAAGAUGAAUUAAAUGCAAACACAGGAUUAGUAUCAUUUUCAAGCAGUAUUGAUCCUGGACUAAACAUUAAACAGUUUGGAGGUUUAUAUAUUAAUUUUGACUCUGGAAAGCAGAAACCUGGAUCCCAUAACGUUCCACCACUGAAAGAGAAAAAAACAGAUGAGCUUUUGCAGAAGAGUAUUAUAACUCCCGAUUUUGAGAAAAAGGAAUGUGUUCCACCUUUAAGAGAAUCAAUCCAUCAGUUAAAGAAGCAACGUAGGAAAGACCGAGCAAAAACAACUGGUGAUAGUUGGUUUGGUAUGAAAGCUCCAGAAAUCACAGAGGAAUUGAAAAAUGACCUUAAGGCUUUGCAGAUGAGAGCUGCCAUAGAUCCCAAACGGUUCUACAAAAAGAAUGAUAGGAAAGGUCUUCCCAAAUAUUUUCAGGUUGGAACUAUUAUGGAUUCUCCAGCAGAUUUCUAUCAUGCUCGUAUUCCCAAGAAAGAGAGAAAGAAAACGAUUGUGGAUGAACUUCUAGCAGAUUCAGAGUUUAGACGGUACAAUAAAAGGAAGUAUCGAGACAUAAUUGCUGAGAAAGAGGCCCUUGCAGCAGGAAAGAAGAAUCGGAAGAAGAAGAAAUUUCACAAAUAGAUUUUGACGGCAAAAUGCUUGAACUUAGUUUUUAAUGGUGAAUUUAUAAGUUGAAAUUUUGCACAAAUGAUCAGCUAAGCUUGAUCCCAUUAACAGUAUAGGUAUAGGGCUUUUUCCGAUAAGAUUUUGGAACUGAAUGUGAAACCCUGUGUUACAUAUAGA